GAGAGGAAUUGGCUGUGUGUGGAGAGAGAGAGACGCGAGACGACACACAGAGGAGGAGGCAGAGACAGAUGGUAGUGGCUACGGAGCCGGGAAACCUCUUCCCGUCACCCUCACCGUACCAGCAGACGCGCACACACACAGACACAUACACACAGCGGGCAGCCGUAGUUAGGGGGCAGUGGUAGGGAUUUCGACGCGCUCCGGAUGGAAUAACUCUCGACUCUUGCUACCACGACGGCGGCGGCGGCAGGCGAGCGCACGGCUCAGGUGUGUCCAAGGCGAGGAGGUGGCGAGGAGGUGACGAGGAGGUGACGAGAGAUCAUUGCGGACAGCUCAACAUGUUCUCAGCCGCGAGCGUCGCCCCGGACGGACGCCGCGGAGGCCGCUCCACCCCAGCCUCGCCCGUCGACGUGAAGCCCUCCGCCCGGCUCGCCUCGCCGCCCCCCCCCGCCCUGCACGCGCCGCCCCCCCCCGCCGCGGCCCCCCAAACGGCGCUCGCCGCUCCCCCGCCGGCGGCCGCCGCCCGCGCCUCCGCGGCCUUCCUGCCUCCCCCAGGCCUGCUCCUGAACGGAUCACGACACUCCCCGUCCGGCCCUAACGGAGCUUCGCCUUCAGCAGCGGCCGCCAGCGGCGCCUCCUCGCUCGUCCCCACGUCCCCGCUGGCGCCCGCCUUCAUCACGGCCAGCCUCUCCUCCGCGUCGUCGCUCUCCUCCUCCGCGCCGCUGCUGCUGCCGGCGCCUCCGCAGCUGCCGGCGGCGUGCGGCGCGCGCCAGCUGAGCAAGCUGAAGCGCUUCCUGACGACGCUGCAGCAGUUCGGCUCGGACAUCUCGGCCGAGAUCGGGGAGCGCGUGCGAGCGCUCGUCCUGGCGCUCGUGAACUCCACGAUAUCCAUCGAAGACUUCCACUCGAAGCUGCAGGAGGCGACGAACUUUCCACUCAGACCGUUCGUGAUUCCAUUCCUCAAAGCCAACCUGCCGCUGUUGCAGCGGGAGCUGAUGCUCUGCGCUCGCCUGGCCAAGCAAAGUCCCUCGCAGUACCUGGCGCAGCACGAGCGGCUGCUGCUGGAGGGGGUCCCGCACGGCGGCGGCGGCGGCGGGGAGAGCCACUCGCCGGUCGGCGCCGAGGUCACCGAUGUCACCGUCGGGGAGGUCAACCAGAACGGGAAGCGGCGCGCGAUGGACAAGAUGAAGGGGGCGGCCCUGGAGGGGAUCGUCGCUUCUCCUCCUGACGCGGCGGUGGCGGCGGUGGCGGCGAAGCGUGCCCGCGUGCUCAGCCCCAUACUUCACCGAUUCAGCCCCGGGGCCAACGGCCUCCCCGCCGGCGUCCGUACGCCAACCAGUGGGUUAGAGACGCCGGGCGGCGGUGGCAUCGGCAUCGGCGGCGGUAAUCUCCUUCACCUGGGACACGUCUCAACGACCACCAAUGGGGUUGCAGCUCCGAGCCACCACCACCACCAGCAGCAACAGCAUCAGCAUCAUCAUCAUCCGCAGCAGCAUCUGCAACAACAACAACAACAACUUCAUCAUCAUCAGCAGCAGCAUCAGCAGCAGCAGCAGCAUCACGUGACCUCGCCAGGCGUACCGGGGUCGCCGGCGACGGUGGGCCUGCGGUACGCGGCGGACGAUGCGACGAGGGAGGGCUACGGCGCCCGGCAUCACCACGUCGCCGACGGGAGGGAGAGCGGCUCCGAGAGACGGAGAGCGCUGAUGGGUCUCCACGGAGCUAGGCCUCAGGACGUGGUCGACCACCGGCUGACGGAUCGCGAGUGGUCCGAGGAGUGGAAACACCUGGACAAUCUGCUGAACUGCCUGCUGGACAUGGUGGAGAAGACGCGGCGAGCGCUCACCGUCAUGCGCCGCUGCCAGGAGUCGGACCGCGAGGAGCUGGCGCACUGGGCCCGGCGGUACGGGGACAGCGAGGAACUCCACAAGGACGCGGGCCGCGAACUCGGGGCCCCCCGGUCAUCUCCCGCGUUCGUUCCGGACGAGAUCUGGAGGAAAGCCGAGGAGGCUGUGAACGAGGUGAAGCGCCAGGCGGUGACGGAGCUGCAGAGAGCCAUGGCGGACUCGGAGCGCAAGGCGCACGAGCUGAUCGUGACGGAGCGAGCCAAGAUGGAACGGGUGCUCGCCGACGCCAAGAGGCAGGCGCUUGAGGACGCCGCCUUGAUCGUCCUGCAACAGGACGACUCGACCGAGAGCUGCUGGAACUGCGGGCGCAAGGCGAGCGAGACCUGCAGCGGCUGCAACUCGGCGCGCUACUGCGGCGCGUUCUGCCAGCACAAGGACUGGGAGCGCCACCACCACGUGUGCGGUAUGGCGCAGCACAAGAAGCUGUCCCAACAGCAGCAGCAGCAGCACCACCACCAGCAGCAGCAGCAGCAGCAACAGCAGCAGCAGCAUAUUCCCGAGGCGAUGUCUACGGAACCGCCAUCCCCAAGUAUCUCGCCAGGUCCUGGAGGAGGGUCGCCUGCAAGCGUGGUCAAGAUUCAGUCGGGCACCCCGAGACCGGCCACUCCGGACGACUCGGUCGUGGUCGAGCCAGGGUCCUGCUAAGUCGCCCAUGGAAACUGUUGCCUACUUUUAAGGCCUUGCAUUUUUUUUCGUCAAUUUUAAUUUUUGUUUGGAGUUUUACGACGGUGGAUCGAAUGUUACAGAAGCUUUGCAGUUUUACCCGCUCGCCCUCCCGUCCCUUUGGCGGUUUGCGAUUACUUUACAAUCUGAUCAUUUUAUAAUCUGAUUCUUUUAUGCAUUUGGUGAGGCUCACACCCGCUGAACGCUACGCAGUAAAACAACAAUGACACGUGCGUGAUUCGAGCCGUCGCCCGCCGCUUAUAAAGUAUGCGCGACACUCGAUUUAAAUCGAUGAAAAGCAUUUUUUUUUUAUUAAAGCUAAUUUUUUUUUUUACAUUUAUUGUGGCGUCCAACAGAUUUCUGAUUUAAAAAAAGGGGGUGGCUGGGGAAGUAUUAUUUUGAUAUUCAUAACAAAAAAUAAUUGGUGCAGAAAUCCACCAACCAGGUGGGGGGGGAGGGGUUCAGAAAAAAAAAACAGAAAUAUUUCUGCUGUUUCCGUUUGGACGUCUUCCACAAAACGGUGGUGAAAUGGUGACAACAACAGCAACAACAACAACAACGACAAAACCCCAACGUCGAAAGCAACGAAGGUGUUAAUGGUGGAGUUUUUUUUUUUACUUAAAAAAUAUACGAACGAACGAGAUGGCUUCACCGCAGGGACGCGCGUUUUGCGUUCAAUGGGAGCGGGGGACUUGAUGGCUUAUUUCACCUUUCUACCCGUGGGACGGCAGCAAAGCGAUGGAGACGGGGGGGGGGGGGAAGGGGUGGGGAAGCAUUGAACUGGACCGACAAUCGAUGGUCGCUUCAGAUUGUGGAACUGGCGGAAACAAUUUGGAUUUUGGUCAAGAGCACAAAAGAUCAGACGUGGGGAGGAGGAGGUGGCGGGCGGGCGGGCGGGUGGCAUUGACCGCUCGGAUGACUCUCCGGCCAUUCUCUUCGUACAAAAGCCGACGGGAAAUCGUUUCCUCGCGUUAUUACUUUUUAAACGGCAUCUUAAUUUCGCGAGUUAUUUGUAAGAAGCGCGAUGUUCUGCUGGUCGCGGUGGAAUUUAAGUGUGGCGGCGGAGGUGCUCGUGUUUAUUUAAAGGCUGGCGAUGAGCGGUUUUUGCCGAGGUUUGCUUUCCCUAAAUGUAUAUUCGGUUAUGUUUUAAAACAAGUUUCGACAAACUGCACGUUCACGUGAAUGGUAUUGAUGGCGCGUGAUUUCACGCGUUGUUUUAUUUUUAAGCUUUGUUCACUUGGAGCGCGCGGCUUUUGAUUUUUUUGGUUUUCCGUUGUCAACGGCAAAAGCAAGAGACAAGCAACGGACGAUGUCGGAUGUCGUUCAAAUGUUCUAAAUGCACGCACACGCGAAAAUCUUACGGGUUUUUACUCCCGAACAGCUCGACGGGACAGACAUUACAAUUUGCUACCUGCUCGAUUGUUGCAAGACUGCUCUCGGACUUUCCUCAAUCUGCUUGUUGGAAGGACGUGAACCUCUGUCCCGGACAUGCGCUGCUCGAUGCAACUGAUGUUUUCGGCGUUCUCUCCGGUGCGAUUUUGUGGGGUUGUACUGCGAGCGGUGUUUGGCACGGUGUCCGAAUCGAGUUUGCCGAACAGGCUCCCGCCGGCAUGCGCCGCGAAAUGUCAAGACAGCGGUGCCGAACAGCGCGUAGCGGUACAACCCGAAAGCACGUCGCGAACGAGCGCUGCAGCACAAGGCGCGAAAACCUACGUCGGUCAUGCGUCGUUUGAGCAUUUUCCCACGGACCUACACCUACUAAGGCCAUCCUCUCAACAUGCACAACUUACGAAUGCUAUCUGACAUCUAAACUGAACGUUUUUAUUUUACCAGGUAAGGCCCAAUGAUAGCUCUUUGUCAGAAGUGACCUGGCAACGAAUGAUAGCUCGAGGAAGUGGCUUAUCAGGUGCAAAUUUAUAGCAGCGAAAUACUCUAAACGCGCGAUUCCAAAUGUGAAGGGAAAACCCGGAGGACGAGGAGAAAAAUCCACGCGACCACAGGGAGAGAGAGAGAGACGUACAAACUCCGAAGAUGCAGGCGUCACGGUCGGGAUCGAACCCACGACCUCCUGUACACCAGGCGAUGUAAUCAACAUGCAAGGAAGACGCUUCUUGCCUGAGCGAAAUAACUUGGAAGAAGUGAUGUCUAUGUUACUGCACUGCUGUGAACUUGCUACAUUGUGAAGGGAAAAAAAACAUUUUCAGUGGGAACCUGUUACAUCUGCAUAUUUUUGCUUUCAUUUUACCCUCGUAACCGGGAUGAUGAUGAUGACGACGGCGGUGUACGUGCAUGAUCGUUGGACAAUGAUGUUUUAUUCCAGGCGAUAAAAAUAAAAAACACAUCAAGCGGUAGUCAGCACAGAUUUCACAGGUUCAAUCUCGACCUCAAAAUCCAUUCCGACCUCACCGUGGGGCUGUUACUCUCGUGCGCUAAUAAUCACGCUCUGCGUUUAGGCUCGAGACCCCAAACGUCCCGGCGUUGGGAAAGUGCGGCGCCAAUUCCAGAGGGCCUCGCCGCGGCGUUUCCGCGCGUGGGUCCCCCGUUUGCGGAUGGAGAUUGUUACGAUGAAUUACGUCGGCCGCAUUUAGCCCGAGUGCUCUUCGACGAUCGCGGACCUCAGUAUACGAGCAGGGUUGAUCCGUGUGCCAAACAUGGCAAAUCGACGACGAUGAAUUAAGAAUCUUGGCCUAUGAGCAGCUUUUUCGAUUUAAAGCUUUUCGUGACUGCAGGGAUUCAUCUUCUUGGUUCUUUCGGUAAAGUCACGUAGAAGGAAAAUAAUAAAAUAAUAAAAAUAAAACAUAAUAAAAUAAAUCUCAGACUCUGCCUUCUUGACAGACCUUUUCUCCACCUGAAGACGGCUGCUUGCGUUGUGGCCGAAACGUCGUGAGAAUUAUUUUAUUAUGUUUUAUUUUUAUUAUUUUAUUAUUUUCCUUCUACGUGACUUUACCGAAAGAACCAAGAAGAUGAACUAUGAGCAUCUGUUUAUUUUUUUUUAAACUGGUGAUGUUACCUAUUCGGUGUUCUAUCAUUUUCUGUAUGUGUGUGUGUGCGUGCGUGACUGCUUGUAAAUUGGAGGGAGAAAAAAAUAAUCUGGAAAGCUGGCCACAACUUAGUAAAGGUGUCUACUGUCGACUAAACGCAGGUAAAGGCCGCGAAUGUGGGCAGAUGGUGAGAAAUAAAAUGUCAAGAAGAUUGCAUUACAGUAAAAUUCACGGGUGAACUUUUAUUGUUGUUGUUGUUGAUAGUUAACAGAGGUGAAAUGCACAACCAAUAAUUUUGAAGAACUCUCUGAAAGAUACAGUACCUCUUCUUCAGCCGCCGUGCAGAUUUUCGCGAAAUGCUCUUGGCUCGGGUUUUAUAUGGUGACCGUUCAGUGCUGUGUUACGUGAUUGUGUGUGCGUGUGUUGCCGUGUGUAAGUCCAAUGCUAUUUUACGUGUGAGAUAACAUCAAGUACCUCCUGGAAGAGACGGCAUUUUUAAAACAAACUGGCAUUUCCGGUAGGCCGCCAGUUUUCGAUCUGGUCAUAAUCGUCCGCAGAUUUUUUUUGACGCAGGUUUUUUUUUUAACCUUUCAGAAUCGCGAAUUAAUCUUCAGUUUUUAAAUAGUGGCGGAAAUUCCUUUACGCCUCAACACGCGCGCGUGGCCCGAUUGACUUGUUGGGGAAAUGUUAGUUUCCCGUCUGAUUUUAGGUGGGAAUGUGCCCCAAUGUCUCCGCGAUUAUCUCCUGAGAUGAGGCAGUUGCCAAAGCGAGCCGAUGUAUUUUUUAUUGCUAAUUUCGGCAAAUAUUUGAAAAUGGCUCCUGGGGUUCAAAGUCAAUCUGUAAAAAAAAAAAUAACUAAACAUUCUAACUCUACUUAGCUGUGUAAAUGUAAGUUUUUUUUUUAUGUCAACAAGAAUAAUAAUAUGUAAAAGUCUAUAAGUCCUCAUUAGGGAUACUGUUUACCAUUAAUUGGCCAUGAUUGAAUAUCUGCCUAGUUUCUAAUUAAGAUAUUGGCAUUAAUGUUGUCGGCUAGAUUGCGCUCAAGAUUGUUUUACGAAGGAAAUUGAUUAUUGCGCCGUACAAACGUGUACUCGUGGUUGAUUUGAGUUUUUCAAUUCUGGGCCACUGAUUUACCUCAAUGGGACGUACAUCAACACCUGUCCACACAGAUAGGUAGAGAGAGAGAGGGGGGGGGGACUUUAAUUCCAACCGGUUCUGCCCGAGGUCGGUAACCCUUUCCACGCUCAGCACACAACGCGGCCACUAAUUCCUCUUGCUAUGGCCGUGGCCAGCAGAUACGGGGCCGUCCAUAAAUGACGUCACGCACCUGGGGGGG